AAAGGAUACAACAACUGUAAAAAGAAACACAUUUUUUUUAUCUUCUUUGUUAGGUUUGGCAAUGGAUUUAGCCAAACACACAAGAGUUCAGUUAUUGGGAUGUAUACUCCUUGCAUCACUUGCACUAACAAUGGCUGAUACACCACCUGGCAUAGCCAAGAACCCAAGCCAUGCAACAUGUAAGAUCAAGAAGUACAAACACUGUUACAACUUGGAACAUGUUUGUCCCAAGUUCUGCCCUGACUCUUGCCAUGUUGAGUGUGCUUCUUGCAAACCCAUAUGCGGCCCUCCUUCCCCUGGUGAUGACGGCGGUGAUGAUGGUGGUGGUGAUGACGGUGGUGAUGAUGAUGGUGGUGAUGAUGACGGUGGUGAUGAUGAUGGUGGUGAUGAUGACGGUGGAUACACCCCUCCGACUCCAGUCCCACCUGUGUCCCCACCACCUCCUACACCUUCCGUGCCAAGCCCUACUCCCCCUGUUUCACCAGCGCCUCCAACUCCUACACCAGCCGUGCCAAGUCCCACUCCACCAGUUUCACCAACACCUCCGACUCCUACGCCGGCCGUGCCAAGUCCUACUCCACCAUCUUCACCACCACCUCCUACUCCUACACCAGCCGUCCCAACUCCUCCUAGUGUUACUCCUACUCCUCCUACACCGGCCGUGCCAAGUCCUCCAGGUACUCCCACCGCACCAGUCCCUCCAUAUUCUCCACCUGCUACUCCUCCUCCCUCCGUUCCAAGUCCUACUCCUACACCUCCUUCUGUUCCAACCCCUCCUGGUUCUACUCCUCCUUACGUCCCUCCGUCCUCUCCUACUCCAACCCCGCCAUCAGAUGGGGAGGCAGGAGCAGGAGUCAGAAGAGCCAGGUGUAAGAAGAGCGGCUCUCCUUGUUACGGAGUUGAGUAUACUUGCCCGGCCGCUUGUCCCCGUUCUUGUGUAGUUGAUUGCGUUACUUGCAAACCUAUUUGCAAUUGCGACAAGCCAGGAUCUGUUUGCCAAGACCCACGUUUCAUUGGAGGAGAUGGUCUCACCUUUUACUUCCACGGCAAGAAAGACUCCAACUUCUGCCUUAUCUCCGACCCUAACCUUCAUAUCAACGCACAUUUCAUCGGUAAACGCAGGUCUGGUAUGGCACGUGACUUCACAUGGGUCCAAUCCAUUGCUAUCCUCUUUGGCACUCACCGUUUCUACGUCGGAGCACUCAAGACAGCCACGUGGGAUGAUUCCGUUGACCGUAUCUCCGCCUCUUUCGAUGGAAAUGUUAUCUCCCUUCCUCAGCUUGAUGGUGCCACAUGGACUUCUUCUCCAGGAGUUUACCCUCAGGUCUCGGUCAAACGAGUUAGCGCUGACACGAACAACCUUCAGGUUGAAGUAGAGGGCUUGCUCAAGAUCACGGCAAGAGUGGUGCCAAUAACAAAGGAGGAGUCAAGAAUCCAUGGCUACGACGUGACGGAAGACGACUGUCUAGCUCACCUCGACCUAGGCUUCAAGUUCCAAGAACUUAGCGACAAUGUAGAUGGUGUUUUGGGACAGACGUACCGGUCUAACUACGUUAGCCGAGUCAAGAUCGGAGUCCACAUGCCUGUGAUGGGUGGGGACAGAGAAUUCCAGACCACCGGACUUUUUGCACCUGACUGCUCAGCCGCAAAGUUCACCGGUAACGGAGAUAGAAACGGUGACCGGAGCAAAUUGGAGCUCCCUGAGAUGAGUUGUGCCAGUGGCGUAGGUGGCAAGGGAGUGGUCUGCAAGAGAUAGACGCUGCUUUGAUCUUGACGAUAUUACUAUUAUUACCACUAUACAAUAUGAUAUGAUAACUACAACAUUAUAACUUAAUAAAUUUGUAACACAAUUGUUAAAACAUUGUUUGUUUACUUUCUUGAUGAUUGUAUUUCUAUUUCUUCCUAUAGCAAUCAAAUCAAUC